AUGAAAGAAGCAGAUAUCACGGGAUUUCCGCAUCCAGAAGUCUCGCACGCACGCACUCCUCCAGCAUCAAAUAGAGAAAUAUCCGCUCCUCGUUCUGUGCAUAGCUCACUAGUCUCAAGGGGGGAAGCUCCGCUGCAAAAUAGUGGAGACGGGACCUCUUCAGGAAGGCGCUCACGACUAGUAGGGGAGCAAAUUUCCAUGCUUUCUGUUGGUCAACAACCACAACUCACUAUAGUUCUUCACUACUCGUACAGGCUUGACGGAGCUUUUACCCCGGAACACAACCAGGACGAAGUGCGGGAAAUAAUGAUAGAGGCCAUAAUUGGGGAAUGCGAUAAAAUUAUAAACCAUCUAUUUCUCAAUUAUAUCGACCCUGACCCCGUCAAGAAGCGCUCUGUUCCCUAG